CUAUUUAAUGUUACUUAGGAUUGUUCCUUUGCAUGAUUCCAUGUCUUUUGCAAAAUAACUCACUGUGUCCCUUGUAUAGUCCUGUCCUCUUGAAUAUUUCUGCUUUCUUCCAUUUUCCACACUUUUUAUUUACCAUAUUUUAGCCACAAGAACCAUGGAUUGUUGGAACAAGAUGCAAAGCAGUGGAUGGAUUUUCCCCACCUUAGUCCUUUGCAUAUAUGGCUUCUUCAGCAUGAUGAAACCAUCUGAGCCCUUCCUGAUCCCUUAUCUUUCUGGACCUGAUAAAAACCUGACCAUUGAUGAGGUAACACAUCAUGUUCUUCCAGUCUGGACAUACUCAUACCUCAUUCUGCUAUUUCCUGUGUUCCUGCUAACAGACUAUGUACGCUAUAAGCCUGUCAUAAUUCUCCAAGGAAUUAGUUUUAUUGUUACCUGGAUGUUGCUGUUGUUUGCACAUGGUCUGUCAGCCAUGCAGCUGAUGGAGUUUUUCUAUGGUCUUGUGACUGCCACAGAGGUUGCCUAUUAUGCCUACAUAUAUAGUAUGGUUAGUGCUGAACAUUACCAAAAAGUAACAGGUUAUUGCAGAAGUGUCACUCUGGUUGCAUCCACCAUGGGUUUCUUACUGGGCCAACUUUUAGUUUCUUUAGCCUACGUAUCAUAUUUUUACCUGAAUGCCAUAACACUGGCUUCUGUGUCUGUGGCAUUUAUAUCUUCAUUUUUUCUGCCCAUGCCUCAGAAAAGUAUGUUCUUUCAUGGGAAGUCUUCCGCAAAUGCUUCUUUCACUGGAUCAGAUAAAGGUCUCUCAAGUGUAUCAAGCCAGCCAAACUACCAACAGGACAACGAUGCUACAGUGUCAUCAGUCAACUCCAAGAAUUUGCCAGAAUACCAGCUACCCAAAAUCCAAAGUCAAAAUCACUUUCUAGCAGUGCUUCUGCAACUGUGUGUAGACCUGAAGGAAUGCUACACUAUAAAAAAACUUCUUUACUGGUCAAUCUGGUGGGCAUUAGCUACCGCAGGCUACAAUCAGAUUUUGAAUUACAUUCAAACACUCUGGGAUGCUAAAGCACCUUCCCGUACCUCUGACAUUUACAAUGGAGGUGUUGAAGCCAUUGCAACAUUUUUAAGUUCAGUAACAUCACUGACUGUAGGAUUUGUGAAAAUGAACUGGGAUCUAACAGGGGAGCUAGCACUGGGAAUCUUCUCUGCCUUGGAUGCCGGUACAUUGUUUUUGAUGCAUUUUACCAGUAACAUCUGGGUCUGCUAUGCUGGUUAUCUAGUUUUCAAGGCAUGCUACAUGCUCCUUAUAACUAUCGCCACAUUUCAGAUUGCAAUCAGUCUUAGCAUGGAACGCUAUGCCUUAAUGUUUGGAUUCAACAAUUUUGUUGCACUGCUAAUCCAGACUAUUGUGACUGUUAUAGUGGUGGAUUCCAAAGGGCUUGGACUGGAUAUUGAGACUCAGUUCCUAAUAUAUGGCAGUUACUUUGCAGUGAUAGCUGGAAUUUUUUUAUGCAGAAGCAUUUACACUAUAAUCUCAAUCAAAUGCCAAAGAACUCCAUUGAAUCCCCAGAAGCCUGAAGCAGAAAAGCAGGAUACAGAGGACUAUAGUACAAGACUGUGAAUAUGAGACUUUACACUUUUUGCAAAAGAUUAAUUACAGUGAGACCAAACCAAACAUGUAUUCAUAUACUUAUAAAAAGGAAGGAGAACUUAACAUAUCCCUGAAAGAUUUUACCAAGUCUCACACAACAUGUCAAAGCUGAAGUCACCAAAUCAUAAUAUGUUAUACUGUUUAAUACUGUCUUAAGGGGGG